UACAUGUUGUUAGUUUGCUGGCUCUCCUCUAUCGCUCACAAUAAUUAUGUACAAGUACCAGCUUUUGCACAAACCAACAUUUUCGACAUGGCCGUCGUCCGUCUUGUUCGUUCCGAAGAAAACUUUGAUCUUUAUUUUGAUCCUGUUGGUUUUGAGUUUAGUGGGCAUCCGAUGGAUGAAAAAUUCGGAAUUAAAUAAAUUCUACAAGAAUCACGCGUUGAGGUUACGAAAUUUGAAGUAUCCGAAUCAACCGAGUGACGAGCGUCUCGACGCCUGGCGAUUAACUGACAUUUAUCAAACCCACAUAUUUUCGGCUUACUUUGACGACCGACCGGACGUCCUCCUGAAAGAAAUACCCGAGGCACUCCACAAUCGAGUUCCCUGGGCGAUGAUCAGGAUCAUUGGUAUAAUUCGUUUGGAUCUAGAAGACCUACCGCUGACCUGCUAUUACGAGUACGUAAAAUCUUCGGAUGGCAAAAAACAUUUUAUCCUGAAAAGAGCGAACGCGAGGAUCAAGCCAAUAGCCAGAGAUGAGAAUUUCCACAUGCGCUACAUAGCCGCUUUUAUCCUUUGCGAAUUUCCAACGGGCGACGACACGCGCGGUCUGACGCCCGUCGGCGUGACAGUGUCGAAAAAUUACACGAGAGGAUACUCGGACUUCGGGAGGGAAGACUUCGUCGCCAUUCGUUAUCCCGCUGACGGAUUUAACAGCGGGAAAAGAAAGGAGGAGAAAUUUAUGGCCGUUUGCGUUCCGUCGUUUCACCACAAGUUCAAAAAUUCCCCGCAGCUCAUUGAAUUCGUCGAAUUCUAUCGAAUGAUGGGCGCCGAUCGUUUCACCUUCUACAACGGGUCCAUCACGCCGGAAGUCGGCCGAGUCCUCGACUACUACAGCGAACUCAACGUGACGAAGGUGCUGCAAUGGCGACUGCCGCCCUAUUAUAUUUUCGAGAAAACCAUAAGGGUCGACGGGCUUUUCGCAUCCAUUAACGAUUGCCUCUACAGAAGCAGUUCGUAUAUGAGAUACAAGUACGUAGCCCAAGUUGACGUCGACGAAUUUAUCGUUCCUAAGAGACAUGCGAAUUACAUGGAAAUGAUGAAGUACCUGGAUCCUCCCAAAGGAGAAGAAUCAAACCGAGCGGCGUCAUAUGUCUUUAGAAAUGCUUUCUUCUAUCUCAUGCACGAAGACGACCCAGUCACUCAGAGCGCUGAUAUACCAAUUUUGUAUUUGCACGCGAAAACCAUGAGAUGGCCGCACACGAAUAUUAUGCACGACCGUAGUAAAUACAUAAUUCGCGGACAGGACGUCGUGGAAAUUGGGAAUCACCGAGUGUGGGAUUUCAGAAAGGGUAACAGUUCCUUUUAUCGGAGAGCAUUCGAGGAGGUAGAAGUCGAUCCGGAUGUUGCGUCGUCGCAUCAUUACAGAUACUGCGAAACGGAAGUGGAGACUUGUUGGCUGAGGUCCACGAGGAGGGAUACGAGCGCUCAUAGAUUUACCAAAGAACUUGGGAAACGAGUGGCAAAAGUUUGCAAGGAGAUCUUCGAGAAUGGUUGCCCGAAAAAUCCGCAUAGCAAAUUAGCGCCGAAAUUAUCAAUAUACUGAGAUGUCCCAUGAGAAAAAGUCAGCUCCGAGACUUUUGCCAGAUUUACGGUCUAAUCGUAAGGAAAAUUAUGACGCGAUCAUUUACAAUUAUUUAUAUAUCCGCGUAAACGCGUAUUACGCGCUGAUUAAUUCGGGCAACUCGAAAAUGCUCUCGACAUACUCUGACGUCAUUGCCCAAAGAAAAGAUUCAAAUGCGCGCAGCAGCGGGAUGAAAAAAGAGCCUUAGGCGGCCGAAACUCAGCCAGCAGUAAAAGGCGUUCUUUACUGCGAGCACCGAACUCUCAAAAUUCAUAGAAAAACAAAUUCAUUUCGUAAGACGUUCUCUCAUCGUAUUUUAAAGUGUUAAUUUUAUUCGCUUUUUUUGGUUUUUUUUUUUUUUUUUCUUAAUUGUCAUAGUACCUAGUCACAAUCAAGCAUCACACGCGUAUCGAUCAUUUAAUUAUAGAAGGAGAAAAAGUAUAAAUUAAUAAAGAAAAGUACCUAACGAUA